AUGUGUCAGAUUCCUUUCGAUAACUGUCCUGUUGCCAAGCCUCUGCCCCUCUUUCACAAGUAUUAUCAGCCAGGAGACCUCAUCAUUGGCGGCAUUAUAUCUCAUAUCUACAUCUCUUCUGAUGUGAUAACAUUCAAAGAACAUCUUCACCAGGAAACAAAUGAUGAGCUCAUAGUACUGACUCAAAACUAUCAGCACAUCCUAGCCUUGGCAUUUGCUGUAGAAGAGAUCAAUGAAAAUCCGCUGAUGGACUUGAAUGUCACCCUGGGCUUUAACAUCUACAACAGUCGCUUCAGUACAACAUGGACGUACCUCGCUUCAUUGGAGCUUUUAUCCACCCAGGGGAAACUCAUCCCCAAUUACAAGUGUGAUGCCCAAUAUGUUCCAGUAGUAGUCAUCGGAGGACCAUCCUCUGAUAUCAAUUUCACCACAAUCCUAUGUUCUUACAAGAUUCCAAUGCUAAUAUAUGGUUACUCUUCAGUGGUUAAUAAUCACAUUGAAGGGAUGAGUUUCCAGCCAAUUUUCCCAAAUGAGGCCCUUCAAUAUAAGGCAAUUCUCCACUUACUGAAAUAUUUCAGCUGGACAUGGAUUGGUAUUAUUUCGCUAAAUGAGGAGAAUGCAGAAAGGUUUGUACAGAAUGUGGUCCCCAUGUUUUCCCAGAGUGAAAUCUGUGUUGAAUUUAUAGAAAUAUUCCCCAGAAUGCGUUUUUCAAAUGACUUCGAUAAAGUGAUGGCUGAAGGAGCUGAAACAUAUAUUGCUGUCAUGAGAAGCACAGCCACUGCAGUGGUCCUACAUGGUGAAUUUGAGACAAUAAUGGUCUUGAGAAUGUUGAUCCACUACUCAGAAUUUGCAGAUAUAUCAGUAAAGACAAAAAUUUGGAUUAUGACGGCUGAGAUGGAUUUCACAUCCGCUUCCUUUCAAAGGGCCUGGGACUUUGAUUUCAUGCACGGUGCAAUAUCUUUGGCAAUUCACUCCAAGCAGCCCCAGGGAUUCCAAAGAUUUCUUCAGAGGAGAAACCCUGCCUCACAUAAAGAAGAUGGCUUCAUCAGGGACUUCUGGCAACAGGCGUUUAAUUGUUUAUUAUCCGACUCAGAGGGAGAUGAGACAGUUGAGGGAGCCUGCACUGGCGAAGAGAAGCUGGAGGCUCUUCCUGUGUCUGUUUUUGAAAUGAGCAUGACUGGCCACAGCUAUAGCAUUUACAAUGCUGUCUUUGCUGUAGCACAUGCUUUGAAAACCAUGCCGUCCUCAACAUUCAACCAAAGAGCAAUGAUGGGGAGAGGCAGAUGGAAACCUGUAGAUCAAGAGCUGUAUCAGACCCGGCCCCUUUCAGUGUGCAAUAAAGGUUGUCAUUCUGGUUAUACUAGGAUGAAGAAGGAAGGGAAACCAUUUUGCUGCUAUGAUUGCGUUCCAUGUCCAGAAGGGAAGAUUUCCAACCAGAGAGACAUGGACAAAUGUUCACAGUGUCCAGAAGAUCGUUAUCCAAACAAGGACCGAGAUUUAUGCAUUCCCAAAUACAUAACAUAUCUGUCCUACAAUGAACCCUUGGGGAUGACUUUGGUCAUGAUGGCUCUUUUCUUCUCUGUCAUCACAGCUUUAGUACUCGGAAUCUUCCUUAAGCAUAGAGAUACUCCUCUAAUUAAAGCCAACAACCAGACACUCACCUACACUCUCCUUGUAUCUCUCCUGCUUUCCUUCCUUGGUGCUUGCUUAUUCAUUGGCCAACCCAACAAAGUGACAUGUCUUCUUCGACAAACCGUUUUUGGCAUCAUCUUCUCAGUGGCUGUUUCUUGCGUCUUGGCCAAAACCAUCAUAGUGGUUUUAGCUUUCAUGGCUACCCAACCAGGAUCCAGGAUGAGAAACUGGGUGGGCAAACGACUGGCUGCCUCCAUUGUUCUUUCUUGCUCAUUUAUUCAAACCUCUAUUUGUGCUGUGUGGUUGACAACCUCUCCUCCCUUCCCAGAUUUGGACAUGCACUCCAAGAUUGAAGAAAAUAUUCUGAAAUGUAAUGAAGGAUCUGUUGAAAUGUUUUACUCUGUCUUGGGCUACAUGGGCUUUCUGGCCACUGUCAGCUUCGUUGUGGCUUUCCUAGCUCGGAAGUUACCUGACAGUUUCAAUGAAGUCAAGUUCAUCACCUUCAGCAUGCUGUUGUUUUGCAGUGUCUGGUUAUCUUUUAUUCCAACUUACCUGAGCACCAAGGGGAAAGACAUGGUGGCCGUGGAGGUCUUUUCAAUUUUAGCCUCCAGUGGAGGGUUACUGGGAUGUAUUUUUUCCCCUAAAUGCUACAUUAUUAUGUUGAGACCCGAACUGAACAAGAGGGAGCAGCUAAUAAGCAGGAAGAAUUACAGAAUCAACUCAAGUUAA